AUGUCUUCUUAUCUCAUCACUGGAGCCUCUAAGGGCAUCGGCUUCGAAUUCGUACGCCAACUUGCCGCCGAUACAACCAACACGGUCCUGGCAAUUGUGCGAAAUCCCGAUUCAUCCAACAUAUCCAAGCUUGCUUCAAGUCACCAUAAUGUGCAUCUUAUCAAAGGCGAUGCUACGGAUCCAAAGUCUCUUCUCGAGGCCGCCUCAGCCGCUGCCGCCAUCACAGGCGGGAAACUUGACGUGCUCAUCCACAACUCCAACGCAGUCGAUAUGGCGACCAUGACCUACAGUCCGAGUCAGGUUCCCUUUGAUGCUCAAGCUACUCGAGAUAUGUUUGAACCAUCUCUUGCUACUGCAAUUUAUGGGGGUCUGUGGACAACAAAUGCUUUCUUGCCUUUGAUUGAGAAGGGCGUGCAGAAGAAAAUCGUGCAUAUCUCUAGCGGCAUGGCAGAUUUGGAUCUCAUAAAAGCAAGUGGUCUUAGCUAUGCCGUCGCAUACUCCGUCUCAAAGGCUGGAAUGAACGUCCAAGUCGCCAAAUAUGCAACAGAACUUGCACCCAAGGGCAUCAAGGUGUUGGCCUUGAGCCCUGGAUGGGUUGAUACGUGGGAGGGAGAGAUGCCCGCAGAGGUAUUACAGGCGAACCAGUCGAUGCUGGAGCAGUUCCGGGCACAAGAUCCUUCACUCCAGGGCCAAAUUCAGCCUGAGGAAAGUGUUAGAAAGAGCCUGAAAGUUAUUGAAGACCUGGAUUCUGAGAAAAGUGGUUCUUUUGUGAGCCAGAAUGGAGAUCGCGUGAACUGGUUCUAA